AACCUUCGUCCUAGGUAAAUUCCCCAAAACUAAUUGAGCUAUUUUGUUUGCUACUCCGUAGUUUUUUUUCCUUCCAAUGAGUCCGGCGAAGGAUAGGAAUGGAAGAAGGUUUUGGAGGAUUUCUGGUUCAAGCUAAACUCCGAGAGCAUCGUUGCUUCCUCUGAGAUUUGUGUCCGCUAAAACCCUAACAAGAGUUUGACACAACCGUGCAAAUUCGACCGGAUUCUGCGAAUUCAAGGGAGAAGUAGAACGGGGAAUGGGUCGGCCGGAACCUUGUGUGCUCUUUGCCCAAACAUUUGUCCACCCUCAACUAGAUGAAUUCGUUGAUGAGGUAUUAUUUUCAGAACCAGUUGUCAUCUCUGCAUGUGAGUUUCUUGAACAGAGUGCUUCAUCCGGAUGUUCAGCAGUGCAACUUGUCGGGGCAACUUCGCCUCCUUCGUUUGCCAUGGAGGUUUUUGUUCAGUGUGAAGGGGAGACAAGGUUUAGACGAUUAUGUCAGCCAUUUUUAUAUUCUCAUUCUUCAUCAAAUGUUCUUGAUGUUGAGGCUGUAGUCACCAACCAUUUGGUAAUUAGGGGCAGCUAUCGCAGCCUAAGCUUGGUCAUAUAUGGUAAUACUGCAGAAGAUCUUGGCCAAUUCAAUAUAGAAGUUGACCUGGAUAACUCUUUAGUGAAUACUGUUAGUUCUGUGGAAGGAAACAUUGAAGACCUUCCUCCCGCGUUACGCCCUACUACUGAGACUUUACUGGAAAACUUAUCUCCUUUGAAAACUUUAUCUCUCAGAGCUCAUCAGGUUGAUACUCCAAUAGAGAUCAAGCGGUUCUUACAACUCACACUUAAAAUUUUGGGCUCUCAAAAUGUUGGGCUUGUAACAAACAGACUUCUUAGUUCCAUAUUAUCAGUUGCCUCAGUUUAUGCAAUGCCUUGUCUGCAUUCCAUAACUACCAUCCACAAGCAACUUGGACUAGAUAAGUUAAUUUUCGAUGACAAGGUUCAUAAUGUCAUCAGUGAAGCCAUAAAGGAGCUUUUUGAGAUGCAUAAGGACCUUAAUUAUGAAGAAGGGAAAGAAUUAGUUGAAUGUUCAAUUGAAGGCGUGUGUACAGCAUCAGAUAUAGAUAGUGAUGGUACCGAGCAGCUUGUCAAUGCAUUGAUUCGCUACAAAUAUGAUUACAGUAUCUGCAGUGACAGAAACCCUGGGCUUUCAAAGAAAGAGAAUGUCAUUCUUUGGUUAUCAGUGGCUCUUGUCUUGUGCUCUGCUAGAGAAAGCUGCUUUCACUUUGUUAACUAUGGUGGAAUGGAGCUACUUGGAUAUGCUUACUUGCAGAAUUCAACUGCCCUGAAGCUAAUGCUUCUUGGAGUUAUAGAGCAGGCUACUCGGCAUUCAGUUGGCUGUGAAGGUUUCCUCGGUUGGUGGCCUCGUAAGGAUGAGAGUGUCCCUUCCGGUAUCAGUAAUGGCUAUAAUCAGUUGUUGAAGCUGUUAAUAAAGUGUCAGCGGCAUGAUGUUGCUUCACUUUCAACUUAUGUACUUCAUCGUAUACGCUUCUAUGAAGUGGCCUGCAGAUACGAGCAUGCAGUUUUAUCCAUACUGGAGAGCCACCUUUCUAUUGGUAGUCAGGAUCAAAGUGACACAGUGGACAUGCUUGCCAAUGCUAAAUUCCAAAUAAAAACUCUUCUGAAAUUAAUAAAUUCUAGUGGCCCUAUUGAAGAUCCUUCCCCGGUUGCUUGUGCAAGUAGAUCUUUGCUUGGUGAUGGGCAAAUGUCUUAUGAAUCUACAAGUGGCUUGAUUCCACUGUCCAAGUGUUGCCAUCCUAACAAAGAUGUUGACAUACAUUUGCUUUCUCUUCUAAAGGAGAGAGGUUUCCUUCCCUUGUCUGCUGCUUUAUUAUCUUUUUCUGCUCUGCGAACUGUUAAAGGUGGCAUGCUGGACAAUCUUCUGGAUAUUGUGUCUUAUCUAGAGGCCAUAGUUCUUUCACUUCUCUCUUGUCGUUCAGGACUAGUUUUUCUUGCUUGCAAUCUGGAACAGUCUACCACUUUAGUUCAUGCCUUAAGGGGAAGUGAUAAAUGGGAGAAGGAAGAUUCAAUUUCUCUUCGCUAUGCCUCUGCCUUGAUUUCUAAGGGGUUCUUUCUGUACCCGCAUGAAAUUGCAUUAAUUAUGGAGAUGCAUUUGAAAGCGAUUAAUGCUGUAGAUCUUUUAGUUACAUCUAAUCAGAACUCUGAGGAUUUCUUAUGGAUUCUGUGGAAGCUUUGUGGUCUUUCCCGGUCUGAUGGAGGACGUGAAGCUUUGCUGAAUUUGGUGCAUUUUCCUGAGGCUGUUUCAGCAUUAAUGGCAACAUUACACUCUGCGAAGGAAUUGGAUCCGAGCUCUUUAAGUACUGUUGCUUCACCGUUAAACCAUGCAGUCUUUCACUCUGCUGCCGAAAUUUUUGAAAUCAUUGUUUCCGAUUCGACUCCAUCUUCUCUGUCAUCUUGGAUUGAACAUGUUAAGGACCUGCACAAACUUUUACUUUCUUCUUCUCACGGUUCCAACAAAAAAGAUGCUCCAGCCAGACUUCUGGACUGGAUUGAUGCUGGCUUAGUUUAUCACAAGAAUGGGGCCAUUGGUCUUCUACGGUAUGCUGCUGUGUUGGCUUCUGGAGGAGAUGCCCAUAUGACGUCGACAAAUGUUUUAGCAUCUGAUGUGAUGGACAUUGAUAAUGUUAUUGGUGAUUCUUCUAGUACUUCUGAGGGUAACCUGAUUGAUAGUAUUCUUGGGAAACGCAUCACCGAAAAAGAUUUUCCCGGUGUUUUCCUUCGCGACUCUUCUGUUGUUCAGUUGACAACUGCUUUCCGAAUUUUGGCAUUCAUUUCUGACAAUUCGACUGUUGCUGCUGCACUUUAUGAUGAGGGUGCUGUGAUGGUUGUACAUGCUGUAUUAAUAAAUUGUAGGCUCUUGCUUGAAAGAUCAUCUAAUGUCUAUGAUUAUUUAGUUGAUGAGAGUACAGAAUGCGGUUCGACUUCGGACAUAUUGCUUGAGCGUAAUCGCGAACAGAGCUUAAUUGAUCUUCUCAUUCCCUCUUUGGUGCUGCUGAUUAAUCUAUUGCAGAAGUUACAGGAAGCAAAGGAGCAGCACAGAAAUACAAAACUCAUAAAUUCUCUCGUACAAUUGCACCGAGAAGUGAGCCCAAAGUUAGCUGCCUCUGCAUCAGAUCUAUCUUACUCAUGUCCCAAAAUAGCCCUUGGUCUUGGAGCUGUCUGUCAUCUUCUUGUGUCAGCAUUAGCCUGCUGGUCCAUUUAUGGGUGGACUCCUGGACUCUUCCAUUUUCUAUUUGACAAUCUUAAUUCAACUUCAGUUGUAGCACUUGGCCCAAAGGAAACUUCUAGCUUUCUGCUCCUUCUGCAUGAUCUGUUUCCAGAUGAACGUGCCUGGCUUUGGAAAGAUGGAAUGCCAAGAUUAGCGACUCUUAGAACAUUGGCAGUAAGAACGCUGUUAGGACCUCAGAAAGAAGAAGAAGUUAAUUGGUACUUACAGCCUGGACACAGUGAGAAACUGCUUGGCCAAAUGACACCACAACUUGGAAAAAUUUCUCAGAUUAUUCUGCAUUGCUGUGUCAGUACAUUGAUUGUAGUGCAAGACAUGUUGCGAGUCUUCAUCACUCGCAUCACAUACUUGAGCACUGAUACUGCUUCAGUGCUCAUACGACCCAUCGUAUUGAAGAUUCAUGAUCAUCUUUCUGACCCUUCUACAUUGUCAGAAGUGGAUGUCUACAAGGUUCACAACAUGCUACUUUUCAUUUCUCUUCUAUUAGAACAUCCACAUGCCAAGAACGUUAUAUCAAAGGCUGGUGUCGUUCAAAUGCUAAUUGAAGUGCUUCAGAAGUGUUUAGAUGCUGCCAAUUUGGACCCCAAAGUGUUCUUACAGAACAGAGCCGUUAGUGGCAAGAUAACUUCAACAGUUAGCUGGUGCACACCAGUUUUCAAGUCAAUCUCAAUAAUAUCUGAUAGUGAAACACAUGGACACAUCAGUUCGUUGCCUAAGAGACACAUCCCAGAAGCUUUCACAGCUGUGGAAUGUACCUUUGUCCUUAUACAACUGCUCACAUUUUUCAAGAUCCUGCCAGUGGAAAAAGAAUUGCUUGCCUGCCUCUCAGCUUUUAAGGAAAUAGGACGUUCGGCACAAGGAAAAAGUUCUCUGCAUUCUAUUUUUCUGCAAAUUCAGUCUGCUGAUGAGGAUUAUGAAUCUGAGAGUUGCUGUGCAAAUGUUAUUUACAACAUGAAAACAUAUGCCUGGAGGGAUUAUCCUCCUUUAGCUUAUUGCUGGCGGUUGCUGUUAAAUUCCAUUUCUUCACAGAAUAUUCCUCUGGCAUUAAGUGUUGAGGCUAUUGGAACAUUAUGUUUGGGUUCUCUGAACUUCUGCAUGGAUGCAGAAAGUGUGAGCUUGGAAAGGGUUGAUGAAAUCAGGUACCUUUUUGGUUUAAAGGUUGAGAGUUGUGGCCCACCUGAUAUGUUUGAAGAGUGCUUGAAAUCUUUAGAGAACUAUACAGGUUCAUUUGGAUCAAUCGCAAAUGAGUAUAUGAAUUCGGUGGGUUUUGACAAGGCUUAUCUAGACCAUGUCAAGGAAUCAGUAAAGUUACUAAUGCUUUUGUUGCAAGAGCCUUGUUCUAACAUAGUGAAGGAAGAUGAAAUUAUCAGUGUGUUUUCCACUCCCCCAAUUGGUCCUACUACAGUCUCCAAUAAGAUUCAAAAGCUUGUAGAUAAAAGUGCUGAAAGGAUAGAUGGUGAUAGAUUAUUAGAUGAACUUGGAGAUAAUUUCUUGUGGGAAUGUCCUGAAAAUUUACGCGAUAGGUUGACGCAAACCGGUCUUGCGAGUAGAAGGAGAAGCUCUUCUAUGGAUGGGGGAACAAAUAGGCGUGGCAGGGGAGAUGUUUCUUCCUCAGUUGCUGAGACUGCACCACCCCCACCCCCACGGGUGCCCAUGCCAUCUGUUGUCACUUCUGGUCCGACCAGACGCGACACUUUCCGGCAGCGAAAGCCUAACACCAGCCGACCUCCCUCCAUGCAUGUCGAUGACUAUGUUGCAAGAGAGAGAAACACCGAUGGGUCCACCAAUUCAAAUGUCAUUACGUUGCCACGAAUAGGAUCCUCUAGUGGACGUCCGCCUUCUAUUCAUGUGGACGAAUUCAUGGCCCGUGAAAGAGAGCGCCAUAGUGGUGUUGGGGUCUCGCCUCCUGUGGUGGUAGAAAAGUUGGGGCCACCAGUUGAGAAUAAACCAGAUCUGGAGAAACAGUCAGCUUCCAGCCAGAUGAAACCUGAUCUUGAUGAUGACCUUCAAGGAAUAGAUAUUGUUUUUGAUGCUGAGGUGUGUGAACCUGAUGAUGAUAAGUUGCCUUUUCCUCAACCGGAUGAUCCUCUUCAACAGAAUUCUCCUCCCCGUUCAAUUGUUGAAGAGACGGCAAGUGAAGAGACCAGACAGUCGUCGCGUGUGAUGUCUUACACAGAAGAAAACACACAGAGAUCGAUUGGGGCAAUUAUGAUGUCAUCAAAUUGAAUGGUUUGCUUGAAAUUAGGAGUAAAAAAAGUUGGAGCAAUUACACCACUGAAAUUUGAAUCCCUCAUUGCUUUCAGCUGGUUUUAUUUACUUGUAUGUACCAUG